ACAUGUAUUUCCGGUGACUCGCGGAAAGCGGCGGAAACUCAAAGCUGCUGUGUAAUUGCACCUUUUAGCUACCGAAGCAGCUCUUUCUUUAUUGUGCGUAACAGUUUAUCUACAGAUUUCAAAUGCCGGACUAUUUAGGAAACGACCAAAGGAAGACCAAAGAAGAGGAGAAGGAUGAUGGACCGAUUAGAGCUUUGGACGAAGGGGACAUUGCCCUGUUGAAAACAUAUGGUCAGAGCACAUACUCCAGACAGAUCAAACAAGUGGAGGACGACAUUCAGUCGCUGCUCAAAAAGAUCAACGAGCUGACAGGCAUUAAGGAGUCAGACACAGGCCUGGCUCCACCAGCACUCUGGGAUCUCGCUGCCGACAAACAGACUCUGCAGAGCGAACAGCCACUGCAGGUUGCAAGAUGCACAAAGAUCAUCAACGCAGACUCGGAGGAUCCCAAAUACAUCAUCAACGUCAAACAGUUUGCCAAGUUUGUGGUGGACCUGAGUGACCAGGUGGCCCCCACAGACAUUGAGGAGGGCAUGAGAGUUGGUGUUGACAGAAACAAAUAUCAGAUCCAUAUUCCUCUGCCUCCCAAAAUUGACCCAACUGUCACCAUGAUGCAGGUGGAGGAGAAGCCUGAUGUGACCUACAGUGACGUUGGUGGGUGUAAGGAGCAGAUUGAGAAGCUGAGAGAAGUGGUCGAGACCCCUCUGCUGCAUCCAGAGAGGUUUGUAAACCUGGGAAUCGAGCCACCCAAAGGUGUGCUGCUGUUUGGGCCCCCCGGAACGGGAAAAACGCUGUGUGCUCGUGCGGUGGCCAACCGGACAGACGCAUGCUUCAUCAGAGUCAUCGGCUCCGAGCUGGUGCAGAAGUACGUCGGAGAGGGGGCUCGGAUGGUACGUGAACUGUUUGAAAUGGCCAGGACCAAGAAAGCUUGUCUGAUCUUCUUCGAUGAAAUUGAUGCCAUUGGAGGCGCACGUUUUGAUGACGGCGCUGGCGGAGACAACGAGGUCCAGAGGACUAUGCUGGAGCUCAUCAAUCAGCUGGACGGCUUCGACCCCAGAGGCAACAUCAAAGUUCUGAUGGCCACCAACCGACCGGACACCCUGGAUCCGGCUCUGAUGAGACCCGGACGUCUGGACAGGAAGAUUGAGUUCAGCCUGCCGGACCUGGAGGGUCGCACACACAUCUUUAAGAUCCACGCCCGCUCCAUGAGUGUGGAAAGGGACAUCCGCUUUGAGCUGCUGGCUCGCCUCUGUCCCAACAGCACCGGUGCUGAGAUCCGCAGUGUGUGCACAGAGGCCGGCAUGUUCGCCAUCAGAGCUCGCAGAAAGAUCGCCACGGAGAAGGACUUCCUGGAAGCUGUCAACAAGGUCAUCAAGUCCUACGCUAAGUUCAGCGCUACUCCCCGAUACAUGACUUACAACUAAAUGUACGUGUGUGUGUGUGUGUGUGUCUGGAGUUCUACCAUGGCUUUUUACUGUCAGCGUUGAGUCAAAAAAGUCAUGUCACUUAAAUAAAAAUAAAGUUUAUUCCAAA